AUGGAAAUAAAGCAAAAAUUUAGUCAAGAUAAUUGUAGAGCAGAAAUAUAUUCUAAUAAGGUGAAUGAUGAUCUUUUAGAUACCUUCAAAAAUGACAUUAAAGACGAAUCCAAUAGAGAAAGUACACAUGAUACAUUUGAUGACUCAGACUUAAAUGAAUACUCAUUAAAAAUUGAAAUAAAAGAAGAUGAAAUUAAACUUAUUCCAUAUGAAGAAAUACAAACAAAAGAAAAAGAUACCUUCAAAAAUGAAAUUAAAGAUGAGUACAAUAGAGAAAGUACUCAUGAUACAUUUGAUGAUUCAGACUUAAGUGAAUACUCAUUAAAAAUUGAAAUAAAAGAAGAUGAGAAUAAACUUAUGCCAUAUGAAGAAAAACAAACAAAAGAAAAAGAACCAGAUGCAGUUUAUCAAGACACUUAUAUUAAAGACUAUGGAUUUGGAGAUUCUGAUGUUAGUUUGGGCCAUAUUAAAAAAGAAUUAACAGUUGAAGAUAUGACAUUUGAUCUUGAUCAGAAACAAGAUGAUUUAGGACUCCAGUAUUCUAACAGUGAUGUUGAUAAUAUAAAACUAGAGCAUACUGCUAAAGGAAGUCACAGGGGUGAACAUGGUAUGUAUCUUUAG